AUGCAAACUACUAUAAAAAAGCUUAUAGAAGUUUGCCUGAGGUAUCAUGAUAAUUCAAAGUUGAGUCGUCUUCCGCCACCUCCACCGGUUACUCCGUCCGUUUCUGCAGCUGCAGCAAAAAAUAUCAGGCGAACAAUGGAAGAUCGGCAUAUAGUGAUUAAUGAUCUUCAUGCCUUAUUUGGAAUCGAGGGCCAUGGUGUGGCUAGUUAUUAUGCCGUGUUUGAUGGUCACAAUGGUUCUGAUGCUGCUAUUUAUGCUUGCUCUCAUGUGCACCAAUAUUUAGUUGAAAGCCAGCAUUAUCCACACAACCCAGAAGCAGCAUUUAAAGAAGCUUAUAUCAGAGCAGAUGAUAGAUUUAUUGAUAAAUCUAAAAAAGAAAAUCUGAAGAGUGGCACUACUGCUGUCAGUAUUUUAAUAAGACACGAUAGAGGGAAGAUAUAUGUAGCCUGGCUGGGUGAUUCUCAAGCCAUACUUGUCAAUGGAAGGAACUUCAUUCAGCUUGUAAAUCCACACCGUCCAGAAAAUCCAGUAGGUGAAGAACGUGAAAGAGUAGAAUCUAUGGGUGGUUCCGUUGUAUUUUGGGGUACAUGGAGAGUUAAUGGCCAACUUGCUGUGUCCAGGUCGAUAGGUGAUGUUGAUUAUAAGCCUUAUGUUACCGGAGAGCCAGAUGUGAGUAGUUAUGAUUUGACUGGCGAUGAAGACUUUUUAUUACUUGCUUGUGAUGGUCUUUGGGAUGUGGUUUCCGAAGAGUUGGCUGUCGAAAAAGUCUAUGACUUUCUCAAAGAAUCUAAAGAUCCCACCGCUGACCGUGAAGGUGAUUCUGAAUCAGUUGUUGAAAGAAGAUGGAGACAGGGUGAAAGUAAGGAGGGACAGAGGAUGGUGAAGACAACCAUUGCAUUGUGCCGCGGUCAAUUAGUCCAAAACAAUGUCCGGAACACAUUUGCCAGCAGCCAGGGCUAUAACUUCCUCCCUCCUGUAGCCACUGAUUCAUCUCUCUUGUUCUCGAGAGUUAUCGCUCUCAAUCUGCCCCCUCUCUGA